AUGGCUGCUCAAAACUCUACUUAUUCGCUAAAAUUGAACACCGGGGCCUCAAUUCCUCAAGUGGGAUUCGGUACCUGGCGUUCCACUGAAGAAGACGGUUACAACGCUGUUUUGAGUGCUUUGAAAGAUGGAUACCGUCACAUCGACUCCGCUGCCGUUUACGGCAACGAAGUUGCUGUGGGCAGAGCUAUUCGCGAUUCCGAAGUGCCUCGUAAUGAGCUGUUCAUCACCACCAAGCUAUGGAACACUCAACACCGUGAACCUGCCAAGGCUCUAGACCAGUCGUUGCAAAGACUAGGUCUCGACUACGUGGACUUGUACCUGAUCCACUGGCCUUUGCCUCUCAAGACAGACCGUAUCAAGGACGACAACUUGUUUUCCGUGCCUACCAAGGAGGACGGCAAGCCAGACGUCGACACCGAGUGGGACUACCUCAAGACGUGGCAUCUAAUGCAAAAAUUGCCCGAAACCGGCAAAACCAAAGCCGUCGGUGUCUCGAACGUCUCGGUGGCCCAAUUGCAAGCUCUGAUCAACCACAAGGACACCACGGUUGUGCCAGCGACCAACCAGGUCGAGGUCCACCCAUUGCUUCCCCAGGAGGCCCUCUACGAUUUCUGCAAGCAAAACAAUAUUGCCAUGGAGGCCUACUCGCCUUUGGGCUCUCAGGGCUCUCCUGUGGCUGACGAGCCUGUUAUCAAGGAGGUUGCUCAAAAGUACAACGUUGACGCCGCACAAAUUCUGAUUAGCUGGGCCGUUGCAAGAGGCUACGUUGUGCUUCCCAAGUCCGUCACUCCAUCCAGAAUCAAGUCCAACUUCCAGGUUGUGAAGUUGUCUGCCGAUGAUGUGGUCAAGAUUAACAGCAUUCACAAGCAAAAGGGCGAACAGAGAAUCAACGACCCUGAAUGGUUCGAUUUCUAA